AUGCCUCACCGUGCCUACCACGUUUGCAAGCGCUGCCAGAAAGCCUGGGUGUGGGUCGACGAGCUUUGGAAACACCCCACCUGUCCGGCCUGCCAGGCUCGGUUCCCGAAGGCUCCAAGCCCAGGUAGUGGUUCCUCCACACCGACCCAGUCACCCACCAGGAACCCUCGCAAGCGCGCUCCCCGCUCACGUAGGCAGGUCACUUUCGACGACGAGGCUGAGGUUGGCGACUUCUUCCCAGACGCCACGCCCACUCCUCGCCCAACGAAGGCCCAGGAUGACCGCUCCAAGCGCAACACCCGCAUCCUUAAGUCCCUUCGGAAGGUGUGGGCUGAUCUCCCGGAUGAGGCCAGGACCCAGCUCAGCGAUGCUGGUUUUGAGGCCCCUCAGACCUCUGAUGUUGAUAUGGAGCCAGACCUCCUUGCCUUACUCCAGAACAACGUGGAGCGGCUCCCGGAGUGCAUCCGCCAGGCUUUGCCUCCACCCCCUCCUGAGCCCACCCCCGACCCUCUCAAGGAAGGUCGUGAGUCGGGUAAUGCUCUCCGUCGUUCCAUCUUGAAGCUCAAGCAGUUGGGACAGGAGAAGCUCAGGCUCCAGGAGGAGAUCAACAAGACCAAGACCAAGCUCCAUGACCUUCUCCGCGGCAUGCAGGAGCUUCAGGAGGCCAUCUCUGAGGCAACCGAUGUGGCCAGGAAGUGCUCUGACACCUAUGAGAGAGGAGUCCUUCUACACGUCCCCAAGAGUGAGGUAGACUUAGUUCUUGAAGCCUUGGGGCUCUCUCCCGAGGCCCUCACGGAGGACCACAAGGCCAACCUCAAUGCCCUUCGAGCCUCGAUAAAGCCACCUCCGGACAUGCAAGCUCCCCCUGGCCUCGGACCUACGCCUUUUAAGUUCGGCUCCCCUCCUCCCCCGGCAGGUGAUGGACAGGCCAAUGGUGAUCUUACCGAGGAGGCCCAGGACGGAUCUGCCGAGAACCCUGGGGCUCGCCAGGUCGGCCUUACCACCCCGACGAAGACCCGGAGCCGCUCACCUUCCCUGACGCUGCCAAGGUUCCACGCUCUUCUCGACGGCAGCCCCGGAUUCUUUCUCUUGAGUCCUUGGUGGCGCCUCCCUCUCUUCUCACAGGGUGCCAGGCGUGACAGACGGUCCAAGCACCGUCGCCACCGGCUCCACAAGCCGGGCCUUUUCACCCAGCUCCAGGUCGAGAUGUGCGACCAGGCCCUGAAUCCUGCCUCCUCGGUUGAGCGCGACCUUGUUGAGUUCGCUUCUAAGGUCGAGGAUGCUAUUUCGCCGGGUUCUUCCGAGGAGUGGUUUUUGGAACAUGCCCUUGAUGCCAUCCAUGAUGACACACCCUCCCCCGCAAAGUGGCACCUCCUCAAGCAAAUGGCUCAGGUUCUCUCGCUGCAACAUAAUACUCCCCACAGCCCCGCUUCCUUCAGGCUCCUGUCUGCCAAUGUUACUCACUGGAGGCCAGAGGUUCGGGAUUGGGCCUUCUCUCUGGAAGGCCAUGGGGUUCUGCUUCAGGAGCUUCACCUCACCACGGAGGCUGCUCAUGAGGCUGCGAUUGCCGCCUCUAAAAGAGGGUUCCGUCUCUUUUCCUCGCCUCCCUUCCUGAGUGAUAAGAGGCGCCCCUUGGGAGGUUUCGGUGUCCUCAUCCGCUCCUUCCUUAACCCUCGUCAUGUCCUCACCCACACCGUUGAGGGUUGUGGUUUCCUGGCGGUUUCGCUUCGGUGUUCCGGUUUCGAACUGACCCUGGUUUCCAUUUACCUCCAGUCCGGUACUGGCUUUAACUCUCCGGUCAACGCCGAUGUCCUAGCUCGCCUCUUAGCCUUUCUUCCUUCCCUCCGGGGUGUGUGGAUUGUCGCCGGUGACUGGAACAACCCCAUACAAGAUCUCCUCGCCACACGGCUUGAGGAAGUUUCCCAUGGGCGUUUCCUGGGUUCCGGUUCACCCGCCGCUGCAACCGACCGGGAAAUUGACUACUUCCUUGUCUCGUCUCCGGCUGUUGCUUCCUUGCAAGUUGCUCAGGACUGGGUCGUCCCCUUCAAGCCUCACUGCGCUCUGCGGGCCACUCUUCAGCUCAGCUCUCUGCAGCUUCCCUACCCGCAACUCGCUACCUUUUGUGAGGUCUUUCCCGACCCUUUGCCCUUUCAACCCUCGGUCCCGAGCCCCUCGCCUGUCGCUGAGGUUAAUCUUCUUGGCCUCACUUCCACCGACAAGCUCACUCUCGACUUCGCCGAGCUGAGCUCUUUCCUUGAGGUCUCUCACGGGUUCCCCGACCGAGGGCGUGGGGCUUUCGUCCCCCUUCUUCACAAGCCCCUCGUCCAGGGCCACUCUGUCACCUUUGCCUGGAAAGGCCAGCUCCCCUCCUUGGUGUCAGCCGUGCUUCACCUGCUCGACCGGCCCGAAGCUGUGCAGUCCUUCUUGUGGUCCACUUCGGACACUUCCCUCCCCUCGGAGGUCCGCGCCUUUUGUGACCGGGUGCGCGACGGCUCCGCUUCUUCCGCCACCCUCCGCGCCGAAGGCACCGCCCUCCUUGGCCAACUCCGGCGCGAGCAAACUGCCCAGCAAGCUGACCAGUACGGCGAGUGGCUUGAGGAAGCUUCGGGUUCACACCUGGGGCCGCUCUUUCGUGCCAUCAAGUCCCAUGAGCAGGUGCUUGACCGGCCCUUUCAAGACUGCGAUGGACUCCGCCGUGUCUUUGAGAGGCACGAGCAUUGGGGCCGCGUCAGGCAUGCCUCGGUCUUCCCCCAGCACUUUUCUCACCCUCUCCUCGCGGAGCUCCGCUCGAGGGCCGUCUCCCAUGCUGGCACCCUGGCUCCCUUGACUGUUGAAACCUUCUGGAAAGAGCGGCGUGGCAGCGAUCGAGUCGGCCACGAGACAGCGAGGACCCUGGUAGACCUGGAGGGCGAACCAGAGGUGAAGAGGAGGGAAACUGUGAGCGAGCCCUUGGAGGAGAAGGCGCUCAUAGCUCACAGCGGGCCAACUGGCCUGGCCCGGAACCGCCCGGUCCCACGGGUGGGCGGGGGCGUAAGCCGACGUCCAUGCCGCGACGUCCUUCCACCUGGCUCGGGCCCACAGUCUCCACAGACAGGGGAGGAGACUGAUGGGGCGCUCCUUGUCGGCCGACUUCGGGAGAAGAGCGACCUGAACACAGGUGAGCUGGAAGGGCAGAAGGACCUCAGCCUCAGCACGGGCGAGGAAGUCGGCUACGCCGCCGGGUCCAGUGCACGGAGGGUCGCUUCCGCAGCGCUUCAGGCCUACCGGGUUCUUCACGCCUCCCUCGGCCUUGAGGGCCUAGAGGUUGAGACCACAAAGACCAAGUUCGUUGCCGGUACGGUCCGCGCUCGCGCCGCGCUUCAGCAGCUGCGACGCCCGGGCGAACCCGACACCGCUGACCUUGUCAAGGACCUAGGUCUUGACUGCGCUGCAGGCCGGCGGCGGCGCAUCACCACCGCCCAAAAGCGCUUUCGCACAGGCAUCGGUCGUGUCCGCCACAUGCGCCGCCUCCGCAUCCGCCGCAGGUGGGUUCGUGGCCGGCUGCUCCAAGCCUCCGCCCUCAAGGCUGGUCUUUAUGGCCACCAGGCCGUUGGGGUUGCCCCUAAGCGCCUCAAGGUUUUACGCUCGGCGGUUGCGCGCGAAGCUGGCCGUUUUGAGCACGGCUCCGCCGACGUGAUUCUCGAUCUCAUGUCCCACAAGGCCGUUGACCCACACCAGCUUGUGGUAGUGGAACAGCUUCAGGCUCUUGGGCGACUUGCCUCCAGAGCGGUUUUUGAGGCCUCCGCUUUCCUUCGCCAGGUCAUUCAGCUCGCGCGCUGGUCUCGUAUUGGCGCCGUCUCCACUGCCGCUGGUGCCGCCCUUGGCAUCGAUUGGACCGUGCCGCGCCGCCUCUUAGCCAGUUCUCGGACGAAGCCCUGGCGGCACGGCCUUAGGGCCGUCUUUCAAGGCGCCCUCCUCCACUCGGGCAACGGAGGGAAGGAACGGUGCAAGUUCUGUGGUGAACCCAACACUCUGCACCACCUCCUCUACGAGUGUGAGAAAGUCCCAGGCGCACUUAUGCCCGCAGGCUGGCUGUUGUCUUAUAAAAGGCGCCACCCUGCCGAGUGCCUCUGGUUGCGCGGGAUGCGGCCCCUCAACACCCGCGAUCCCCUCGCCCACGAGGCUGAGGUCCGCCGCACUGGUCUCUUCCUCGAAGGUACCCCGGACUUAACUGGGCUUUUCGUUGCUACCGACGCUUCCGGUGGCCCUGCCACCAAAGACAGUCGCCUCCGCUCGGUCGGUUGGGCCGUCAUAGUCGCUAGCAGGCACGAUGGCGACUUCUCUGUCCUUGGCACCCUGUCGGGGCUUUUGCCGGCCCCCGCCUCCGUCCCGGAAGGCGAGAGUGCGUGGGACCAAAGGCACAGAGCCGAGCCCCACUGGGUCCGCUCCCACCUCAACUCCUCGGACUUUUGUCUUGAGUUCGGCGCUGAUGCCUUGUGGCGCCGCGAGCUCAACUCCCUGGCAGAUAAGCUCGCUAAAGACCGCGCUGAGGAAGUCCAGACUCCUCACCGCCUUGCCGCCCAAAAGGAGGUUGACCGGGUCACCUCCCUCGUCUGCGAGUACUUGGGCCGUCGCGCCGCUGCAAUUCUUGCCAAGGCCGAGAAAGAAGACUUUGUCCCGCGGAAGAAUCGCCUUCUCUCCGCCCUUGAGUCUUCCGCUUCUCCCUCGCCCAACAAGAGGCAGAGGUUGCAAGCUCUUCUCGACGUUGACACACCGGAAACCUUUGAGCGCCUCAUUUCCUUCCCGGGCCGUCCUGGAAGUGCAGCCAAUGCCACGGUCCGUGACCCUGCGAAUGGGCGCCGCGCCCUGUGCGCUUCCUUCGGCCCCGGCUUCCAGGUCCUGCUCCCAAAAGAGGGCACCAUGGCGCCCAAGGGCAAGGGCCGCCACGCUCGCGAGCAACAGGAGCGAUGGGACCAGACAGGGAUCUGGCACAGCACAAGCUCCCUGUCCAGACGCAAGUUGCGUCCGGACAAGGCAGCACGCGCUAAGGCCAAAGCGCGCCAGGAGCAGGUAGACGACGACGACGACCAGCCUCUUCCCUGGCGGGGGGGGCAGGGCGCUUGGCAUCGCCUCACGCUCAACCCGCUCUCUUCGUUGCAGUUUCUCCUCGGAGAAACGUCGCGACUGGCUGGAGUUCGAUGGUUGCUCGUGGACGAGCAUGAGAUCGCGGCUCACGACAGUUUCCCUCCCCUGUGCUGCUUCCCUGGCCACACGUGGGUCUUCCCCGCUCCCGGAACCAACCGGUUGCAGCCUCUGCUUGAGUUGGCCACGAGGCACAGCCAGGGGUCUCGGGAGACGAAGCUACGGACUCCCCAAGCCCUUCUCCUCGCCGGCCGGCUAGAGGCUCACGCCAUCACGGCGAGGCACGUCCGCCUCACCACGGCCUACGUGGCCAAGCGAAGGCACACCUCUGGCUCCUUCCUCGCCUUUUGGCUGAGGUUCGACCCUGCAGCGGUGCUUGGGAGUGCCCAGGGCAUCCCUCGGUCCUUUCCUCGCCUGUUCGGCUGA